CCAAUCAGCACUCAUAUUAAUUCGAUAUGUUCAAAUUGUGGUACCAAAGAGACGACAUUAUGGCGUCGUAGCAGUACGGGAGCAAUCGAGUGCAAUGCAUGUAAUUUGUAUUAUCGUAAGAAUAAUCGAUCACGACCAAUAACAAUGUCAAAUAAAAUACGAAAACGAAUUCGCUUACCACGUUAUCAUUUCCCAUGA